AUGAGCUUACUCAAGCCAACACAGCCCCUCCUCCGACUACUACUCAAUCGCCAGUGGACACCAACCAACCAAAGAAUCAGACUGCGACCUCAAACUCAAACCAGCCUAUCCCACCAACCUCAACAAUCCUUCUCCAGCCAUACACCACAAAAUCACCAAGAAAACAGAAUGACCGAAUCAUCAAACUUACCCAAGACUGAAGAAGAAUGGAGACUCAGAUUAGACCCUGAACAAUUCAGAAUAUUAAGGAAAAAAGGCACCGAAAUGGCGGGUACAGGCGAAUAUAAUAAACACCAACCCGAUCAUGGGAUAUAUGAGUGUGCUGGAUGUGCUGCUCCACUCUAUCGGUAUGACCACAAGUUUAACAGCGGAUGUGGUUGGCCUGCUUUCUUUGAUGCUUUUCCAGGGGCAGUGAGUCGCCACGAAGACAGAAGUUUUGGUAGAGUCCGAACCGAAAUCACUUGCACCAAUUGUGGUGGUCAUUUGGGUCACGUCUUCAAGGGCGAAGGGUACGGCCAUCCAACUGAUGAAAGACAUUGUGUGAACUCGAUUAGUAUUAAAUUCAACGAAUCGACGCCUGCGGCAGAAGACAAGUUAAACCCGAAAUAUUAA